AUGCGCGCCUCCGCCGUCCUCUUCACCCUCUUCGCCACCCUCGCGGCGGCGGCCCCGGCCCAGUCCGCUGCCGUCGAAGUCGGCUCCCUCCUCGAAACCCGCCAGUGCUCGCAGCCGGGUGUCUGCUCCAAGGGCGGUGACGACGGCACGUUCUGCUCCCAGCUCAAUUGCUGCAGCGGCUCCAAGUCGGGCAGGGGUGGCGCCGUCUGCUGCUGCGACUGA